AUGGGGCUAUUAGAUCUGUUUCUCCAGUCCUCCAGCUCUAUCUCCCUGUUGGGGGGUCUGGUGGUCUUGCUGCUCGUCUACAUUUUCACCUCCUCUGGCUUCAGCUCCGAGAAUGAGGGAAAGGAACCUCCAGGACCAAAACCACUUCCCCUACUCGGGAACCUGCUACAGCUUGACCUUAAGAGACCCUACCACACAUUACUGAAGCUUUCCAAGAAAUAUGGAUCAGUGUUCACCUUCUACAUGGGACCAAAGAAAGUGGUGGUCCUGGCAGGAUACAAGACGGUAAAGGAGGCACUUGUUAACCAUGCUGAAGCGUUUGGAGACAGAGGUCCAAUGCUCAUUAUGGGUGAAAUACAAGAUAAACAUGGUAUUGUAUGGUCCAACGGGGAAUCAUGGAAAGAGAUGAGGCGCUUUGCCUUGACUAACCUGAGAGACUUUGGGAUGGGAAAAAAGACGUGCGAGGACAAAAUCAUUGAGGAAUGCGACCACCUCAUUGAAGUUUUUAAGAAGUUCACAGGAGAAGCUUUUGAUACGACCCAAUCAAUAAACUAUGCAGUCUCUAAUAUUAUCUGCUCCAUUGUGUAUGGCAGCAGAUUUGAAUAUGAUGAUCCAGAGUUUACAUCACGGGUCAAUCGAACAAACAGGGUGAUUCAACUCGUGGGCUCCUCGUCAGUACAGGUGUACCAAAUGUUCCCAUGGAUCGGUAAAUUGGUUGCUAACAGGAACGAAAUCCACACGUUGAUUUCUGCCAACAAGAAACAGAAUCUACAGCUGUUUAGUCGUUUGAAAGAAACCCUCAAUCCACAGAUGCUCAGAGGCUUUGUGGACACCUUUCUGCUCCGAAAGCAGAAUCUGGAGGAAUCUGGCAAUACCAACAGUCACUACAACGAUAACAACCUUUUGAUAACAGUUCUUAAUCUCUUUGCUGCCGGCACUGACACAACAUCAACUACCCUGAGAUGGGGACUUCUGUAUAUGGCCAAGUAUCCAAAAAUACAAGACCAGGUCAAGGAGGAGCUGAGCAGUGUGAUAGGAAGUCGUCAAGUGCAGGUUGAGGACAGAAAGAACCUGCCCUUCACCGACGCUGUCAUCCAUGAGACACAGAGACUGGCCAACAUCGCCCCCAUGGCACUUCCUCACAAAACAAGUCAAGACAUCACUUUCCAGGGUCACUUCAUUAAGAAGGGGACCGCAGUGAUUCCUCUCCUAACAUCCGUCCUGUAUGAUGAGAGUGAGUGGGAGAAGCCACACAGUUUUUAUCCUGCUCACUUCCUGGACAAAGACGGGAAGUUUGUGAAGAGAGAUGCCUUCAUGCCUUUCUCUGCAGGUCGCAGGGUUUGUCUUGGAGAGAGUCUGGCCAGGAUGGAGCUCUUCCUCUUCUUCACCAGACUCAUGCAGCAUUUCUCCUUCUCUCCUCCUCCGGGAGUUUCAGAGGAUGAACUGGAUCUGACUCCAGGUCUGGGCUUAACCCUCACCCCUUCACCCCACAAACUGAUUGCUGUUUCCUGUAUGUGA